CUUCAUUUUCUCUCCUCUCACAACACCGCUGUCUAUCUUUCGACUCGUUCAUUACUGACUGUAACUCUGAGCUCCAGCUCCGUCUCUGCUGAGAGAACAGAAGACCUGCACCCCCCCUUCAGUGAGAAAAACACCCUGGCUGUUUCUCUUCAGCCCGGCAGCCUCAGCAGAGGAGCCGCUUCGUGCUCGCUGUGAAACGUGAGCAGAAAGAGGAAUGAAAGCGGAGAGCUCCGCAGUGUAACCCGCGGAAGGAGGAACGGCUUUAGACACCUGAACGGAACCGCAGAGGUCCUGUGGAGAACAUUUACAUUGAUUUUGGAGGUCGCGUCCAUUUUUUCCCCUGCUCAAAGGUCCGUGUGUUUUUUGGAGAAGCCAUAAUGAUGCCCACACGAGAAAAGAUCAAGAAGAAACCCCCCAAAGACAGCUUAACAUUAUUACCCUGCUUCUAUUUUGUAGAGCUGCCCAUCGUGGCCUCCUCCAUGGUGUCCCUGUACUUCCUGGAGUUGACAGAUGUGCUGCAGCCGGCACAGGUGGGCUUCCGCUGCCAUGACCGCUCCCUCAGCAUGCCCUACGUGGAGAGUGGAGAGGAGCUCAUCCCUUUGCUGAUGCUGCUCAGCCUGGCUUUUGCCGGACCUGCUGCUUCUAUCAUGAUUGGAGAGGGCAUUGUGUACUGCAUGCAGUCCAGACUCAAGAUCCGGCCUGGUAACGAGGGGAGUAUCAACGCUGGCGGCUGUAACUUUAACUCCUUCCUGCGCAGGACGGUACGAUUUGUUGGUGUUCAUGUGUUUGGUCUUUGUGCCACGGCGCUGGUCACUGAUGUCAUCCAAAUUGCCACCGGCUACCACACACCCUUCUUCCUGACCGUGUGCAAACCCAAUUACACUCUCCCUGGAGUCUCGUGUGAGAAAAACCCUUACAUCACUAAAGACAUCUGCUCUGGCCAAGACCAGCACGCCAUUAUCUCCGCCAGGAAAACCUUUCCCUCCCAGCAUGCAACUCUUUCUUCCUUUGCUGCUGUUUAUAUUUCAAUGUACUUCAACUCCACUAUCUCAGACAGCACCAAGCUGCUGAAACCUGUGCUGGUGUUCGCCUUCGCUAUUGCAGCCGCCUUAACGGGCCUUACUCAGAUCACUCAGUACCGCAGCCACCCCAUCGACGUCUAUGUGGGCUUCUGCAUCGGCGCUGGUAUCGCUGCCUACCUGGCGUUCCAUGCUGUGGCUAACUUCAGACCAGCAGAGGACAAUGUUUCCAUCCCUGCCCCUCCUCCUCCAAAGGAUGCCCUGAGAGCUCUGGCCCAGCGAGGUCACGAUUCUGUCUACAACAAAGGCCAUGCCUCUGAGAGCAAUGAGGAGAUCACAUCACCAGCUUCAUUGGAUGGACUCAACCGGCCCCUGCAGCGGGAGAAGGCUUCCUUGGGCAGCCUGAAGCGAGCCAGUGUAGAUGUAGAGCUCCUUGCCCCACGCAGCCCCAUGGGUAAAGAGACCAUGGUGACCUUCAGCAACACUUUACCUCGGGCCACGGCUGCCGGCCCUGAGGAGCCUGUGAGGCGUCUUGUGACGGUGCCCGUGCCCGUACCUAUAGACCCUAUGCGCUCGCAGCAGCUGGUCUCCGAGUGGAAGCAGAAGUCUAUGGAGAUGCGUAGUGCCAGCUUGCAAAGUGAGGAGGGUAGUAAGGAGAGUUCUGAAAUGGACGAAGAUACUGCUGAAGAGGAACAUGCACUAUCCCCCUUGUACACCGCCACUGUGCCACAGCCUACCAGGCCAGCGAAUCCACCAGCUGGGGCAAGGGUGGUGAUGCCUCCUAGGCCACCAGGACAGCCCUCUGUCCCUCCACCAGUGUCUCCCAAGAGUGCCAGUACCCGUGCCAAGUGGCUGUCCAUCACGGAGAAGAGUGGUGCCAAUGUUCCGGCCACCCUCAGGGCAGGGAACCAGCCUCGCAUCAUGCAGGUCAUUGCCAUGUCCAAGCAGCAGGGUCUUCUAUCCGGGACGGCCAAAUCUUCAGAGGCCUCAUCCUCUUCCGCAACUUCUUCCCUCGCAGGCACAGAGUCACCUCCCUACCGCCCCCCAUCUGAACGGGACAGCAGUUCUGGCAUUGUCACGGUAGACGCCCAUGCGCCCCAUCACCCGGUAGUCCAUAUGGUGUCAAACCCUGUUAACCCUUGGGAGUGGAGAGGGACUUCAAAUGGGAACAUGACUCCUGAGUCAUAUGAACUCAAUGACCUGAACCGCGAGGGCUCACGGGGCUAUCGUCAGGUCAAGAACAGCUCGCCAUGUUCUUCCACCAGUGAGGCUGACCACGAGCCGCCUCGGCCUCACCAGCCUCCCCAGCUGCUUCAGAUGGAUCAAGCCAUGGAAGGACGCAGCCUGCGGCGCAAAACCCCUUUGGUGCUAUUAGAUCGAGAGAGCAGUCAGAGCGAGCAGGAGAACUUCUACAAAAAGCUGCAGAGCGGCCGACGUUUCAAAGAGUGACGGGGCAUUCAGAACAGCCAAAUGCAUGAAUGCUGAUGCAGGGUGGACCGAUCUCGCUAUGCAUCACUCAGACUCUCUGUCAUUUUGUACAUUUUAUUAGUUUCAAUGACUCUGUUCACUGGUGAGUGGAAAUACCUGAGUGGAUUCAUGAGGGAAGGAUUUAUCCCAAGGCUCUGUUUGAGAAUUGCUGCUUCAAACAACCUAAUGAGCACAAUGGUUUUCAUCACACUUCCGCUAGACUGGAAUGCAAACAAACCUAUAGCACCAAGGCUCAAUGAAGAACAUCUACAUUUAUGUACUGUAUUUACCAAAAUCUCAGAUUUUCAAUUUUAAACAUUAUGAAAGGCAGACUGUAAAUUAUGGAAUUGGCUGUUUUGUAUUGUGGCCUUUUCUCUGUUAAUACUUGAUUUGAAGCACAUUUGUGUGUGCCUAUGAUGUCCAGUGGAUUUCAUGUGUUUGUGUCCUUUAGUAUAUUUAUUAUCUUAGAAAAUACUGCCUUGGGGAUGAUAAUGCUCUAAGAAUUUAUGGAGUUUAAAUUAAUUGAGCUUUUCAUUAUGAAAGAGAGAACUGAAUUUCUUUCGCUUGCAGAAAUGUUUGACUCAGAAAUGCUAAAUGAGCUAUCAAUGAAUGGCAUUUGAUGUUAGCAAUUCAACAAUGUUAGCAAUUUUGAGUCGAGUGCACCUUUACAGGGAAAUUUAGAUCAUUUUACUAAUGGAGCGCACACACUCGUACCCUGGCUACAGUUACUAUUGCUGAAAUUGACCAAAGAUGGCCCCAUUAAAAAGAAACUUUGGGGUAAGUUAGCACAAGUUAGUAAGAAGUCUUGUGAAGGGUGAAAUUAUGCGUCUUCUUAUGUGUGGUUUAGGGAAUGGUUUGGCAUAGCAUGUUUGACUGACUCAGAAUUGGAGCAGAACUCAUUGCUGUAUUGAUUUAACAUCAAGUUCCACAUGUCAGAAUGAUCUACUUUUCCCCACAAGAAAAGUCAUAUCAGUUUACAAAAAAUUACCAAGAAAAAUUACAGUUUUUAUCUUUUUGAAUGAAGGAUUGCAUUUUUCUCAGCACUUAAAAAAAGCACAGGAAAGUGCCUCAAGUGGCAGGUUGGUUACAGCAAUAGGGGGGUUGCAAUGAGAGUGUUUUAACAAUUGAGUGGGAUUCUUUAUGACAUUUGCAGUCUCCAUGUCUUGCUUAUUUCGCUGGUGUAAGAAAGCCUGCGGCUUAUGCUCUUGUGCCGGCUGACUACUGCAUGUUAUGUAAGUGGUUGUCAAGUUGGAAGUUCAGCCUUGUCACAGUGAUGAAUUAAAAAGUUGUUAACGGCAA